UGAUGCGUGUUCAAAAGGAGAGUUCAUUUUUGGAUGCGUUAAUACAAAAUUAUGGAAAGCCUCCCAGUGAUGGUAGCAACAACCACGUGGGGAAUACAAAUCAUAUCAAGGAGAGGAAUCAACCAUCCAGCCCACCCCAUGGUAAUGCAAUUAAUCAACAAAAGAAAUCUAGUGAUAUUGGAACUGCCAAAACUUCCAAGGUUUCGCCAAAAUCCGCUAAACCCAGUUCGUUACCUUUUCAAACACCAGCUAGAGAAGCAUCCAACCCCUCCCGUGGAAAGAGUAAAAACUUCUUGGCAAAAUGGUUCGGUUUUGGAUCGAAAUGAGAUAACAUUGGCUUGGUUUGUUUUCGAAGUUUAUUAGUUGAGUUCAGAGAUGCAUAUCUGGAUGAUUAGUAUAUUGGUUCAAGUUUUUGGCUAUGGAUCCGAGUUUUUGUCCCACAUUUUCAUAAAAUAUGUUGUUCUUGGCUUUACAAUGUAUUAGGAAUUUGUAGUAACAGUAGAGCCUUUUGAUGAUUCUUCUGAAGUGCAGAUUCGUAAACAUCCAUUUAUGUUGUUCUUUGUUAUCACUAGAUGCUGGAAAUUCAGAUUUUUGUACUUCGUAAUUGGUAUCACGAAUGAUGCUUUUGUAAAAAGUAUGUACUGCGUAUAA